CAUGACAACAUGAGUCCUGCUUGGUAAUGAGGUUCACAACAGCAGCACGGUGUCCAGUGUCCACGGUGUCCAGUAAUGACGCCAGGUGAAACUACACCGGUCCCGUAAAGAAAUGUGGAGGUUAAAUACAGUUCACCACAAGGCGGGUCGAGCCGGCAGCAGCUUGGAGGAGCUCAAGUUAAAGAGGAGAGAGCAUGAGAAAGCACUGAGGCAGGCCCGCAGAGACAGACAGCUGGUGAGCAAGAGACUCCUGCUGAAUGAAGAUGAGGAGCAGCCAGGGAGUCCCAUGGACACUAAUUCAGGAGAUCAGGUGGUGGAUUUGUUCGGCAAACUCAAGCACGGUGGGCAGGAGAGGGAGGCUCACCUGAAGGCUCUGAGCAAAGCUCUCCGCAGUCCAUCGGCACAGCUCACCUUUGUCAAGCUGGAGAACAGUAUGCACCUCCUUGUGGGUCUCCUCAGUGGCUCUGAUGCUCAGUGCCGCCUGCAGGCUGUCCGGUGUCUUCACGAGCUGUCUAACUCUCACCACCCCAACGUGGUCCCGGCCUGUCUGCCUGCCACCCCCUACUUGCUCACCUACCUGUCUGGCCAGAGCACCAAGUUCACCGAGCUGUGUCUCUACACGCUGGGUAAUUUGUGCCCAGACAGUGAAGUUGUGAGAGAGAAACUUCUGGCUCAGGGAAUCAUACCAGCUCUGGCAAACUGCAUUCAGAACCAGAGACAUAGCUUGGCGGUGGUGGAAGCUGCAGGAUUCACCCUCUCCCAGCUCCUCCAGGCCAAAGAUGCAGCAGAGAAAGUCAUCCCGAUGGUCCUUGCUUCUGGCUUACCUCCACACUUGUUGUCAGUUCUGACCCCUGACCCCCAGUUUGGCCUGGCUCCUGCUAUCGAGUGCGCCUGGUGUCUGCACUACCUCACAUGCAGCAACGUGGACAACAGGCUGCUGUUGGCUCAUGGGGCCCUGGCACGGUGCAGUACCCUGUUAGUGUCACUAGGCGAUGCUGUGGCUAAAGGAGACAAAGAAGGAGGAAUGGAGCUGCUUGUCUGGCCUCUGCUGCGCUGCGUGGGAAACCUGCUGUCCUCCGGCCCGAUGGAGGACCUGAGCAGCCAAGUGGGUGAUGUUUCUCUCCUGGCCGCUUUAUGUGCACUUCUCCAGGCAUACCUCCACAGCCAGCCGGCCUUGGCCAGAGAGUGUGCCUGGGUCCUCAAUAACCUCACAGCUGACUCCAGUGUAUUCUGCUCUGCUCUGCUGGCUCUCAGCUUGGUUCCUGGUCUGAUCCAGCUUCUGCCUUUCUCUCAAGGCAUCAAUACAAUGGUCCUAAGGGUUCUGGGAAACAUCGCCCAUAAGAAAAAGGAGCAUUGCGUACAGCUGGCCCAGUGUGGACUGCUGCCUGCGCUCUGUGCCACACUCAAAAUGGCUGACCAAGAAAUGGUAACACUCAGCUUGGAGGUGCUGUUCCUGCUGGUAACUAGCAGUCCAAGGGUGGCAGAGGACUUUGUGAGGCAGAGUGGGCUGUCACUUUUAGAGGCCAUUCAGUAUAACAGCGAAGGAGAGGUGAGGCUAAGAGCGACACACCUCCUGGAGCACCACCUCAUCUCCCACCACAUGGUGGACAGAGUCACAUCUCAGUGAAUCUGCAGAGAGGAAACAAAUUCAGAUUUUGGGGUUUUACUGUCACCAGUCGAACAUCCAUGCAGCGUCAGCCAGUCAGGAUACAGGAGUGUUUGUUUACAUUUUAACUUAUGGUUGUCAGUAAUUUUUUUUUUUUUUUUGUAAUGGACACACACCACUGUUUAGAGGUGUUUUUAUAACUGUAGGUAUAUGGAUGAUGUAUGGUCUAAUUCCUGAUAUUUAGGCUAUUUUUAAUAACUUCAAUGAUGAAAAAAUGUAAUUUUAUAGCUGAGAUACAAUGACUUUCCUUGUUAUUGUCUCACAUUCCUAAACAUUGGUAUGAAAUGUAUUUAUAAUCACAUGAGGUCUGAUAUGUUUCAUACUUAAUUUCCUACAUGAUGUCCCACCUGUACCAGACUUGUAGACGAGCUUUCUUGUUGAGCUCUCUCUCUCUUUUGGCCUGUGAACCUUUGCUAGCUCCUUAUUUGUCUCAUCUACUCACUAAUUUAUCUUCAUUUAUUUCUUGAUUAUGAUGCUGGUAACUGUCAGUGCCUUGUGCCAGAUCAUAAUCACUGUCAUAAUCAUAAUGAAUUAUGUGGAUUUCCAUGCUUAUUUUCAGUUGAGUCUAAAUGGUCCUCACCUGAAUGGACCCUUGAAUGAUACAAAAGCACCUUCUCUUUGUCCAUCUCAGGGUUUCAAUAAUGUGGGGAUAUUUUAAUACUUCAAGAUGUUUAAGUAUAACAUACUUACCUGUCAUGAAUGACUGGGUGUAAUCAUGUGCAUGAACUGUAACUAAAUAAAUGAAUAAACCACAGCUUCACUACGAGCAUCA